CAGGCAGUGAGGAGGACAGCCCCGGGGGCCUUCCUCGGGUCUCUGACAUCAAGCGGGAAGCUGGAAGUGAGCGAGAAUAAUGGAGGAGCUGGACGAGCAGCCGGCUGAGACGAUUGUUCAAGGACUUGGUCGACAGAACACACACAUUGGGUUUGAUUGGGGACCGGGAGAACUGCUGCUGUAUGAGACCCGCUACCCAAACACAGACAAUGCACAUCUGGCAACCGCAGGCCGCGUAUCCUUCCUGCGCAAUGAUGACGAUCUCUACUCGCCAGCGCUGAGGAAGCUUUUCAAUGAGUCACAUGGAAUUUUUGUGGACCUGCAAAAGAGCGAAGAAGAAGCAGCGUCCAGCAGGACACGUAAAGCACACUUGGUCCACGUCAGUAAACGCUAUCGCUCAGUUCUCCAGGCCUGUAUGCAGGAAAUGCACAAAGUGGCAAGUUCCACACGAGAUGCGACUCAAAGCGCCAAAUACUCUGAGCAGCUCUCUAUCCUGUCUGCCAUGGAGCUGUGUUGGAACCUUUGUGAAAUACUUUUCAUUGAAGCUGCCACAGCUGGUUCCCUCCUGGUAUCCCUCCUUGACUGGAUACGUUUGCAUUCAAGCGACAUAGACAGUGCGGCUGAAGACGUCCUACAGAGUGAAAACCCCCUGCAGCAUGAGCGAUUCUGGGAUGUGAUUACUGGCUAUGUCCUCCAGGCUCGUAUGGAUGAAGCCAGGCAAAUGCUGGCCAAAGAAGCAGCUGUUUCUGCAAGCACCCGGAGCAUGUGCCGAGUCCUAGAUGAUCUCCUCAGGAAAAUGCCUAAGUUCAAUUCUCAGACACUGACAGAGUUUGAAUUAAAAUGGCAGCACUGGCGGGAGGAAUGUGAACGUCAUCUGCAGUGUGGGACCUUCUCCUCCAGUCCUCAGAUGGAAUCCAUCUGUAAGGUUUUACUGGGAGCUGAGGAUACUUUGCUGGAGAAGCAAGAUCUGAUGGGCACUUGGUAUCAUUUCCUGGUUUCACAGCUGCUUUUUACACAUCCUACGGUGACCUUGGCAGAAAUCCACUCCUAUGCUCAGUCUUGUCUGGACAUCUUCAAUGCCGGAGACAGCAGUUCUGAGCCCCUGGACAAUGUUCUGCUUGCAGCUUUUGAGCUCGAUAUUCAUCAGGUCAUAAAGGAAUUCAGCAUUGUGACAAAUAACUGGUGGUUUGUGGCUCAUCUGACCGACCUGCUGGAUCACUGUCAGCUCUUUCAAUCCCACAACAUGUACUUUGGGUCUAACAUGAGAGAACAUUUACUGCUGGAGUAUGCAUCUGGUCUCUUCUCCCAUCAUAGUCUUUGGCAGCUUGGAGUCGACUAUCUAGAUCACUGUCCAGAACUGGGUCGAGUUUAUCUUGAGCUUCACAUGGAGAGGAUUCCUCUGAGCACUGAGAAGAAAGCUUUGAAAGCAUUGCGCAUCUGUGAGCAGCGGCAGAUGACUGAGCAAGUCCGCAGUAUCUGCAAGACUAUGGCGAUGCAAGCCAUGCGGAAUAGACGAUUGGGAUCAGCACUGUCAUGGAGCAUUCGAGCCAAAGAUGCAGGAUUUGCCACACUCAUAUCUGAUCGGUUCCUGAAGGAUUACUGUGAGCGAGGAAGAUUUUCUGAUUUGGAUUUGAUUGAUAACCUGGGUUCUGCCAUGUUGCUCAGCGAUCGUCUGACAUUCCUAGGAAAAUACCGAGAGUUUCACAGAAUGUACAAUGACCAGCAGUUUGAAGAAGCUGCCUGCUUAUUGCUUUCUCUCAUGACGGCUCGCAUUGCUCCUUGCUCCUUUUGGCUCACUUUACUGCUGGAUGCGCUGCCUCUGCUGGAACAGCAACAGGUGAUCUUCUCUGCUGAGCAGACCUAUCAGCUAAUGAGCUGUUUGGAGGACAGGACUGCAGCAAAGGUGGAACAGAUCCAGUCGGAGGAGAGUCGGAGAUCCCAGGACAGCAGCAUUGAAAACACAAAGAUGGAGAUGCUCAGGCUGGCUCUUGCACGAAACCUGGCCCGCGCCAUUGUUAAAGAAGGAACUGUUCAAGUGUAAAUAGGGAGAACAUGGCCACAUGUGUAAUUAUCUUUGGUCUGGAAAUAAACAUAUUUUUCUUUUCUUAUUUUCUGGUUGAGCCUCGGAUGUAAUGAAAUAAUAACACAUGGAGACUGCCGGCAUCAU